UACACUUCAUGUUGUCAAACAAAAACUCAUAUAUCACAAAAAUGUCAAGCAAGAGUAGUUUCUUUAGUUUCAAAUAUGGUCUUUCAAAGAAAUCAUCAACCCCUAAAUCACCACCACCACCAAAUCAAUCACUCCGGCCGUCGAAAUUCACUUCACCGGCUGCUGCUUUCGAGCCAAACAUAGACGAAAUGAGACGUGUGUUCAACAAAUUUGACAAGAACAAAGACGGCAAGAUUUCCAAAGAAGAGUACACUUUGGCCGUGGGGUUACUUGGUAACAAAAACGCUAAAAAAGAAGUGACCAAGGCUUUUCAAACCAUAGAUACCGAUGGUGAUGGGUUCGUGGACUUUGAUGAGUUCAUGGAGGCCCAAAAGUCAGAUGGUGGAGUCAAGACAAGCGAUAUAAAAAGCGCCUUCAAGGUAUUUGAUUUAGAUGGAAACGGGAAAAUAACUGCCGAGGAGCUUGUGCAAGUGUUGAGGCAGCUAGGAGAGAAAUGUAGCUUAGAGUCUUGCCGGAAAAUGGUUAAAGGUGCGGAUGCCGACGGUGAUGGGAUGAUUGAUAUUGAUGAGUUCAUGGGUUUAAUGACCCGUACCAUGAAAUAAAUUAAUUUGCUAGUCAUGGAUCAUAUAUAUAUUCAUGUUAUUUUACAUCAUGUAAUAUUAGUUUUAAUUACUUGUGAUCGAUUAUUUGCAACUUUUACAAACUUUUUGUUGUAGGACUCGAAUAGUUUCAUGUUAUGAUCAAAUAUCAAUAAGAUGUUGAAAAUGUUAAAAAAAAUUAAGUUAUUUUUGAUUA